AUUUUUCUAGUUACAUCCAUCCAUAAUUUUCAUAUAAUCACUAUAUUUCGCUAGAGUUUGGUGAGUUUAUGGAAGCAGUGAAAUAAUGAAUAGUAAUUAGUAAUUACGGCCGCCCUUCUGCCGGAGGGUCCUUCUUCUAUGUCAUUCGUUUCCUCCCAUCGUUCGAUUCAGCUGCGGCGCGUCAAAGCAUGUUGGUAUUGCUCCGCUCAACCAGGCGGAGCAGCUCCUCCUCCUCCUCUCUCCGCCAUGGAGUCCUCCUCGUCUUCCUACCCCUACCGGCUGGAAGCCUUCCUCCUUCCUCUCUCCCUCCCCCAUUCUAUCUCCAUACGUCACCUGCCACGCUCCCCAAGAUCGUUCCCCCCUUCCUGCCGCUGGGUCCCGUCGAGCGGAAGAAAAUGGUCGACUCCAUCAGCAACUGGUUCAAGUCCGGCACCGUUCCGGCUGCUCCGCGCCCACUCUGGAAGUGGACUGUGGAUGCCGACGUCGAUCGAAUCUGCGGCGUCCUCGCCCUCGGAGAGGUCGGCAUGGACAGCGCCCUUUCAGCUCUCGGCGUCAGACUGAACGAGGAGUGCGUACUCAAGGUGCUGAGGGCGCAGAGGGAGGUCCUCCCGGCGCUCCAGUUCUUCGACUGGGCCGGCCGGCAGAGGGGCUACCGCCAUUCACGCAACUGCUACCACGCCAUAUUCAAGAUGCUCUCGCGCGCAAGGCUGAUGACCGUGAUGCUCGAUUGGCUCGAGCGGUUCUCCAACCGGCGCCCGGAUGUCUUCGUCGUCCGGUUCCACGACACGCUGGUCAUGGGUUAUUCGAUUGCCGGCCGCAUCGACGUCGCCCUGCAGAUCUUCUCCCGGAUGCGGUUCCAGGGGAUUGACCUCGACGGCUUCGCGUACAACGUCCUGCUCAACUCUCUCGUGGAGGAGGGCUCCUUCGACGUUUUCAACGUCAUAUCGAAGCAGGCCGGCGCCCGCGGGCUCCGCAAUUCGAUCACCUCCUGCAUCCAGAUCAGGUGCCUCUGCAAGCAAGGGAAGUUCGAUGACGCGAAAGAAUAUCUCCGCGGGCUCGGGGACGCCGCCAACGAGAGCGUGGUGUCUGUCCUCAUUGAUGGACUCUGCAAGGCCCACAAGCACGCCGAGGCGGAGCGGCUGGUGAGGGAGUUCCGGGACGCGGGGAAGUUGUCGAGGUCGUUGACUUGCACGACGUGGAUAGUCGACCUGGUCAGGGAGGGGAAGGUCGGGAUCGCCAUGGACAUCUUCCGACGGAAUGGCCGUCUGGGGACCGGCGAUUUUCCGGGCCUGAGCUGCUACAACGCACUAAUAUGCGGGCUUCUGAAGGAGAGCAGAUUGGAGGACGUUUAUGACCUCCUGAUCGAGAUGAGUGAGAGGAACAUCGUGCCCGAUUCUUACACAAUGAACGCGACCAUUGGGUUCUUUUGCAAAGCCGGAAUGGUGGAUGUGGCGAUCGAGUUGUUUGAUGAUAGGUUUGCUGUUGGGCUUUCCCCAAAUGAUUAUUCUUACAACCAAUUGAUCAAUGCUUUGUGCGAGAAUUCGAGGAUCGACGACGCGUUCCGAGUCUUGGAGGAUGGGCUGAAACAAGGAUACUUCCCUGGGAAAUGGACGUUCCACAUACUGGGAGAAGCUCUGUGUAGGAACGGGAAGUUGGAGAAGAUGUUCAGCUUGUUCGACGCGGCCCUCGAGCGUCAUAUUGUGCCAAGUCACGGCAUCUGCUCGAGAUUCAUUGCCGCUUUGUGUCGGGCUGGGCGGGCGGAUGAUGCCUAUCUUCUGUUCACUAAGCUCAAAAAGCCUGAGAACGAUGAUUAUAUGUAUACUUAUUCUGAUUUGAUUUAUGGGUUCAGUGCCAUUAAUAGAGGGGAAACGGCUUCCAGGUUGCUUCUGGAAAUGGUAGUCAACGGCCAUUCCCCAAGUCGCGGAGUGUACAAAGCCGUUAUAUAUUGCUUAUCAGAAGGAGGUAACCAAGACAAAGUUCUGAAAUUCUUAGAUGUUAUUCGAAAUUCUUGUCAAACUGUUAAUCUUCGUCAUGUUUAUAAUUCUUUGAUUGAUGGUGCGGUCUCCGUUGGGCAGCCUCAUUUAGCUAGCCAAAUUUUUGAAAGGAUGUUAGCAGACGAUUGUAGUCCUAAUUUAGACACUAAAAUUUCCAUGCUGCACUGUUAUUUAAGGAGGAGGAGGAUAUCCGAUGCCAUAAAUUUCUUCGUUGAUCUGUUAGAGAAUCAAGAACCAAGUGCGAAAUUGUACAAUGCCAUGAUUACAGGGCUCUGUGAAGCGAGUAAGAUAGAUAUGGCAUUGUUGUUUUGGAAGGAAGCGAGGGAGAAGGGGAUAGUUCCGAAGCUUGACAGUUAUGAAGCGCUCAUACAUGUGCUUUGUGAAACUCAAAAGUACCACAUUGUUGUAGAGGUUCUGAAGGAUUUUGAACAAGCAGGUCGUUCACCAUCUUCUUAUAUCUACAAUAUUCUGUUGUGUCAUGCUUUGAAGUCUGUGGAACUAACGCGAGCAUGGUUCAAGUCGGCUGGCGGGGACUUGCAAAUGGGUGUCACAACAUUCUGCAGGUUCUUUAAUGCAUUUGCUACUGGGGAUGGUACGAAGGGGUUACCAAUACUUUCGGAGAAUUUGGGAGAGUUGAUUGAAGAGCUUUUCCCUGUCAACACCAUUACGUACAACAUGUUGCUGCGUGCUCUUUGUAGAGAGGGAAAGGUUGACGAUGCCUGUAAUUGGGUAAACAGAAUGAGGGAAAGUGGACAUCCUCCCAACAUGUGGACGUACGACAUACUCAUAAAUGGUUUUCGGAGAUAUGGCAGGCUUAGGGACGCUGAGGUAUGGAUGGAUGAAAUGCUUCAGAAGGGAUAUAACCCAUGUCUGAUUGAUUCAUAUAGGAGAUACCGAGUACUGGAUCAGCAGUAGCUAUCUUGUGGUAAUCAUACUCUGAGAUUUAAGCUGCUAUGGUGCUGCCACCCUUCUGUCUAGUCAGACGAUGGGAGGAAAGCUCACAUGCAUGAAUUGGGCAUAUGGCCCUGAACCCAUGGUCUGAGCAGAGUUAUAUCUGUGGGUUUGUAAAUGCUGAGGAAGUUGACAUUUUCUCCUUCCCAUUUAAAUGCUUCAAUGAUCAACAACAGCGCCAUUGCAAUUACUCAGUUUCAGAUACUCCAGUUGCUCCCCUCUUAUUCUUCAGCCACUGCCUUCAAGAUUAACAUGUUUCCAUUGAAUGUAUUUGAGAUGCUAUUGAAUACUCGAAAUGAUACUGAGGGAGGUGUACUGCUUUGGUUUCUUCGACUUAAUAGCAUAGCCCUGUAGCUUUCCUUUUUCCACUGGAAUGCAUAUCAGGGCUGAUUUUGUUCUUCUGUAAUUACUGUUUAUCACAAGUCCAUAUUUUUUCAGGUUUACAAGAAGCAACUUUGUAUAUUCACAUAAUAUUGGACGUGGAUCAUGCUACUUAUUUGCUUUUAGUGUUAUCCUUCUCUAUGUUGUAAAGCUGGAGAGCUUGAUGCCCUUGUCUGUAUACUUUAUGCUGAUGUAACACUACUUGUCCACUCAAUAAAGAUAAGUUGCAUAA